UUGUUCUCCGCAAAUGUUCAAGUGGCACUUUAGCUCGCCAUGGGGAAACAAGUAGUUGCCGUCAUGCUGGGCCUUUUGGGCCUCCAAAUGGACCUGGCCUUUGAUAUGGGGACUUUUCCAGAGCGGCUGAACCGAAUUGCGCAAACAGGGGUGCCUGACGCAGAGUUCAGCGAGAACUUUAGGUUGAGAGAACACUUCAAAUUCGAUAAUGAACCCAUCGAUCUGCCCUUUUUUGACGGAAAGUCCGCCGAGGAGAGACUUGACCUUACUUGCUCACUUUGCCGCGUUGCUGCAAACGACAUUUUGGAUUGGUUCAACGCCGGUGAUCCUCCAGAGGUCCUCGUGAACAAAACAGUCAACCUUUGUCUUAACCUCAACAUCCAGACAGAAAGAGUUUGCAGGGGACUUAUUGAAAGUAAUAUUGACUUGGUUUAUUACAUCAUGAUUGAGCGUAACAGCUCAACCCCUGUAGACGGCAAAGAGGCAUGUGGUUUUCUGCUGUACCCAGACUGCUGGGUCGACCUACCCCGCUACAACUGGACAUUGGACCUUGACUUUUUGGGUCCGAAACCCACCCCCGAAACGCCCCAACUUCCUCCCACCAAUUCUCCCAAGUUCAAAGUUCUGCAACUGACCGACGUGCACGUCGAUCCCAACUACAGGGUUGGCGGAAACGCAGCCUGCGAUGAACCCACCUGUUGCAGGUUCGAUCAGGGUGACCCUAUCAACUCGACAGGGGCCGCCGGCUACUGGGGCGACUACAGAGAUUGCGAUCUGCCCGUGCACGCAUUUGAAAAUCUGAUUGACCAGGCCAGUUCUGCCCAUAGUGAUAUUGCAUACGUGAUUUUCACCGGCGACAUCAUUGACCACGGCGUGUGGGCCACAAGCACCCAGUCCAACAUCGAUUUGAUCACUUACGUGUACAACGCACUGAAGGCUAGAUUCACAGUGCCCGUUUUUCCCAUUUUCGGCAACCACGAAGCACACCCUAUGAAUGUUUUCACAAGUGACGAAAUGAACGUCCCGGUCGAUCUCUCGACCAAGUGGCUUUACGAACUUGCAGUCAACUUGUGGGAAUCGUGGUUGCCGGGGCAGAGCGCAAACAUCCUCAAGGGCGGCUUUUACUCGUACAACGUCAACCCCAACCUCAAAAUCGUCGGUCUCAACACCAUGUUCUGCUACAACUACAACUUCUGGCUGUGGCACACGACCUUCGACCCGGCUGGAGAACUGGUUUGGUUGGCCAACGAACUGCUGGCCGCUGAACAAGCCGGACAAAAAGUGCACAUUUUGUCACACAUUCCCGGCAACUCGGACUGUAUUUCCGUCUGGGGAAAUCAGUACCGGAAAAUCGUGGACAGAUUUGAAAACACACUUGUGGGUCAAUUCCAUGGACACACGCACAACGACCACUACCUGAUUUACUUCGACCCGGCCGAUUCGGAAAGGGCCACCAAUGUCGCGUUCAUUGGCGGAAGUGGCACCGCUUAUAGUGAUGUCAACCCUAACUACCGCAUCUACACCGUUGACGGUCCAUAUGACGGCGCAUCAUACCGUGUUUUGGAUCACGAAACUUGGUAUUACAAUUUGACGGAGGCCAAUUUGGGUGGCGAACUUGUGCCGCCUAACUGGCAGAAACUUUACACCUUUACUGAGGCGUACGGAGUUCCCUCGGCCCUUCCCCAGGACACGUACGACCUUGUUUUGAGAAUGAUCAACGAUCCACAACUCCUGCAGUUGUACUUCAGUUACUAUGUGAAAUUGGGUGACACUUCCCUGGCUGAAGGUUGCGACGACGCGUGUGCCAGGAAGGAGCUUUGCAAAAUUCUCACCUCGGUGGAGACGGACUACUCAAAGUGCGACCAACUUUUGCCGCCACUUCCUUAAAACGUGUGUUU